AAACCUUUUUAAUAUGGCUGUACGGCGCUAAACUUUUCGCUUGACAGCUAGCGCAAUGCUAAGAUUUACACGGAAAUGAUCCGCGGAAAUCAUUAAAGUACUAUUGGUCCACAUUUCUCUUCUAUGGUAGCAGCCUGGGCAGAGUAACACCCAACUUUAAACUGAUCUGUUGACACCAAUGACUGUAGAAAACAUUAUUGCGACAACACGUUUUUGGGGGAAAUAAAAGAGAUUGAAACUUUACUGAUAAUUUGUCCAAGUUGAAAAAUGCCCUCCUCCACAAAUGUCAUUUGACAACCUCAUUGCCUUACAGAAUUAUGACGUCACACACAUGUAGAAUCUUACCACCAUUCCGAUCCUUUGAUCCUUUGAUCCUUAAAACCUAUAAAUAGGGGUGAAGAGCAUCGACUUUUAGUCCGUUUCUCGUAGCAUUGAUGUGUGCAGCAUUGAACCGUUCGCCAGAAAAACCUUUUGAAAUAUUUGGAUCCUUUGCAAUAGUAACUGUAUCCAGACCCAACAUGUCUCAAACAAAAGAUCCAAAGGGACAAGAAGUUGACCCCUACGCUCUUCCCUGGGAUGAGCCACUAGACCCUUCCCUCUCCUCUCUUCCUUGGUGUGACCAAGUAGAACUAGAGGAAAAACGUAUGGAAGAAAUGGAGGAUGAAGCGCUCACAAACACAGAGAAGAUGAAGUUCUUGAUGGAGGAAAAUGAGAGAAAGAGCGCUCAACUAAAGAAGUUAUCAUACCAGCUUCAAAAAAAGGAAGCUAUUAUUGAGGAGAAACAACAGGAUCUCCAAGACAUGGACAAAAAGAACCAGGAGCUCCAAGGAAAGCUUGAUGAAGCCCUGCAACAAAAUAAAAAACUUGUCCAAGAAAAGAUACAAGAUGGCAUGAAGAAGAGAGGGCUGCAGAGCAAUCUCCGAGACAUGGAGCUAAUGUACAGUGUUGACAAAAAAAGGCUUGAUCACACACUGCAAGCAAAUGAAAAGCUUCUUCAAGAGAAAAGGGAACAAAAGAUCAAACAAAAACAAAUGGAUCGCAACCUUCAGAGCAUCGAGCAACACAAUGAAAGCUUGCAAGGAAAGCUUGAUGAAGCCAUGCGACGAAAUAAAAAACUUGUCCAAGAAAAGAUACAAGAUGGCAUGAAGAAGAGAGGGCUGCACAGCAAUCUCAGAGACAUGGAGCUCAUGUACAGUGUUGACAAAAAAAGGCUUGAUCGCACAGAGCAAGCAAAUGAGAAGCUUCUCCAAGAGAAAAGGGAACAAGAGAUCAAACAAAAACAAAUGGAUUCGAAGCUUCAGAGCAUCAAGCAACAAAAUGAAAGCUUGCAAGGAAAGCUUGAUGAAGCUCUGCGACAAAAUAAAGAAAUCCUCCAAGAGAAAGAGCAGCUGGUCAUUAAGCAGAGAGAAGAAAAACUUCUUCUCCAGGAGUUUGAGAAGAAAAACCAAAAUCUGCAAGAACUUUACAACAAAAUGAAGUUCAAAGCAUCUGAGCUGGAAGGAGAAAAUGAAAAACUGCAAAAACAGGAGGCAACAUCUAAAGUGCUGAAAGAAAGGUUGGAAGAAAAACAAGCCGAAAUAGAAGAAGUGGAGAAAAAAUGCAAUAAGCUGGAGAAGCAAAACACAGAAACAAUCGAGGAGUUGAAAAUCCUCAUCCUCGAGAAAAAGGUGCUUGUGGAAGAGCAGCUGAAGAAAAAGAAAAAACGCUUCUGCUUCUUCUGGAGGAAGAACACUCCUUCUUUCACUACUGCCAAUGCUUCCCCCACCUCUCUCUUCCCCCCCCUCCCCUUAACUACUAACACCUCUCCCAUCUCCCUCCCCUCUUUUCACAAUCACCCCCCAACCAGUCCCGACAGUUGA